AUGACCAUCACCUCUGACAUCUCUCAUAUUCCCGUCAUUGACUUUUCACUCUUUCACACCGAUGUCCACGCAUGUGCUAAGCAGAUACUUGAUGCAGCCGAAAAUGUUGGAUUCUUUUACUUGCGCAACUUUGGUUUGAAUCGGAACGAGGUGCAGGACAUGUUUGCACUGAGUAAAGAGUUUUUUGCACGACCCAAGGAAGAAAAACUUGUCUAUGCCAUUACCAAGGACAAUGUUGGCUACUCAAGUGUGCGUCAAGAAGCAGUGGAUCCCCAACAUUAUGCACAGGGUGAUUACAAAGAGUCCUUUCAUGUUGCCAAAUUUAAGCAAAAUGAGCCAGCCCAAGAUUUGCCACCCGUGUUUGAUGAAGCUCGCAUCAAAGUCGAUCAUUUUGUCAAGACAUGUCACACCAUUGUAUCCCAAAUCAUGGAAUGUCUUGCGAUAGCUUUGGAAAUACCAGAAUCCGAGGGUGGCCGUGCAUGGUUUUCUUCACGUCAUAAAUAUGAGAUGCCAUCAAACGACGUGUUGCGCUUACUUCAUUAUCCACCGCUGGAGCAUGCAUCCGAAACAGAUGAUAUUCGUAUUGGAAGACACUCGGAUUAUGGAUCGUUGACCCUUUUAUUCCAAAAUGGUGUUGCUGGUUUACAGAUCCAAGCUAAUCGUGAUGGUGACGAGGAGAUACGUUGGUUGGAUGCACCCGUUUUGGAGGAUUGCUUGACAGUGAAUCUAGGAGAUUGCCUUGAGUAUUGGACAAAUGGCCUUUUACGUUCCACCAAACAUCGUGUUGUCUUUACUCCAGAGACACAAAUGAAACCACGCUAUAGUAUGGCAUACUUUUGUCAGGGUGGUCAAGCUGUUCUCGAGCCAGUGCCUAGUCGUUUCAUCAAAAGAAGCACCAAUCAAGCUGCUACUCCACCCCUCACGGCUGCCAAGCAUCUCAAAAUGCGACUCAAUGCUACCUACAGUGCCUAUUAA